AAAAGCCAAGGAAUUGAAAAAGACCAAAGACGUGCUUCACCAGAAAAAGGCUCUUUCAUUUUUCACAUAUUAUUAUCAUACAUUCCCCCUCUCUCUGUCUCUCUCUCUCUCAUUCAUUAGUGACUUUUCACAGCUUAGAAGAACUCUUCCAAACCGAACAGCACCAAAACCAACACCAACCCAAACAGGUAAAAUUCUUGGCCUAAAAUUUCCACACAACCAAUCAACUACUCCAUCUUCUUCUGUACGUUCCAGUUCCACGCUCUGUAAUUGGUUGGAAAUUUGUAGCACCCCCCACCUGGAUCUGAGAUGGGUCUCUUUCUCUUUUUUCUCUAACUAGGGUUUCUGCAGAGAUUCUUAGCUAAAUUUGGCAAAAUGCCGCCAUUUUUCGCAGUGGACCUGUCUCUCUCUUAAGCCUUUGCUUUUGCCUCACACAAGCUCCAUAUAUAGCAACUACCUUUGGCCUUUUUUUGUGGAGGUUCAAAAGUAGAAGAUUCUUACUUCCUUCUUGAUAUAGGGUAAGAAAAUCGAGCAUGGCGAGGGAGAAGAUUCAGAUCAAGAAGAUUGACAACGCCACGGCUAGGCAAGUCACUUUCUCCAAGCGCCGAAGAGGUCUUUUUAAGAAAGCUGAGGAGCUUUCUGUGCUUUGCGAUGCUGAUGUUGCUGUUAUUAUCUUUUCUUCUACUGGAAAGCUCUUCGAGUACUCCAGCUCAAGUAUGAAGGAAAUAGUAGAAAGACAUAAGUUGCACUCCAAGAACCUUGAGAAACUUGAUCAGCCAUCUCUUGAGUUGCAGCUUGUGGAGAACAGCAACUACUCCAGAUUGAGCAAGGAAAUUGCAGAGAAAAGCCAUCAAUUAAGGCAAAUGAGAGGAGAGGAGCUCCAAGGACUAAAUAUAGAAGAACUGCAGCAGCUAGAGAGGUCACUUGAAGCUGGGUUAAGCCGUGUGAUAGAGAAAAAGGGUGAGAAGAUUAUGAUAGAGAUAAGUGACCUUCAAAGAAAGGGGAUGCAGUUGAUGGAAGAGAAUGAGCGAUUACGACAACAGGUGGCAGAGAUAUCUAAUGGCCGAAGGCAAGUUGGUGGUGAUUCAGAGAAUGUGAUUACUGAGGAAGGCCAGUCAUCAGAGUCUGUCACUAACGUCUGCAACUCCACUGGUGCCCCACCUCAUGACUAUGAGAGCUCAGAUACGUCCCUCAAGUUGGGGCUACCCUACUCAGGCUGAAUGGGAAGGACUCUGAUAUCUAUAUAUAGCUUGGGUCAAUUUGACAUGUAUUAGUUGAAUACGAAUCCAACCCAUGCUGGGUUUAGAGGUACUUGAACUUUAAGUACCCUUAUUAGUAAAAGGUAAAUGAGAACUUUGGUGUU